AUGCUCAGAGGCAAGCUCAAGCUCCCGGAGAAAGCCCGGCGAGCAUUUCCCGAUAGGCUCGGAAGCAUAGUGGCCGGCUUCAACGAAAAAGAUGAAGAAAACAGAGGACUAAAUCACGGUUUUGAGCUCGGAGAAGAACUAGAGACGUUUCAGCCAAAUGGGUUUGGGUUGGAUCGAGAAUUGGACGACUACAAAGUUGAAGAUGAAAAAUCUGAUGGUGAAUUGGGUUUUAGGGCUCCGCAAAAACCCGAUAGAGAUGGGGCAGACUCGGUUUCUUUCUCAGAUGUUUUUGCAGCCGAUGAGAAGAGAUCGGAUCUUGAAUAUGAGUUUUCUCAAAAGGAGAUAAAUUUGGAAAAGCUGCAAAGAGUGGCGAGUUCGGGGCUUCCUGAUGGUGGAGGUUUGCGGGCGACAGCUUGGAAGGUAAUAAUAUCGUCAUCUUUUGCACAUUUGCAGCUGUUAUUGGGGUAUUUACCUGCUUCUCGUGACUUAUGGGAGAAAGAGUUGAUUGAGAAUCAAUCAAAAUAUGCUAAGCUAAAAGAGGAACUUCUCUUAAGUCCUUCACAAUUCUCAAAGAGGGAAGAUGAACCAUUGAGGUCUAAUAAGCAAUAUGCUGGUAGUGAUGCUGAUGGGCAGCUUGCACGACAUGAUGUUUCCACUGAUGAUCACCCCUUGUGCCUUGGUCAGGCUAGUGUGUGGCAUCAAUACUUCCAGUUUACAGAGAUUUUGGAGCAGAUUGACCGUGACUUACUACGCACACACCCAGACAUGAAAUUCUUCUCCAGUAACUCAUCAUUAAGUAGGAAAAACAGGGAAGCUAUGAGAAAUAUUCUUCUCUUGUUUGCAAAACUAAAUCCUGUCAUCCGUUAUGUGCAAGGCAUGAAUGAGGUCUUGGCACCAUUAUACUAUGUGUUUAGCACCGACGCCGAUGAGAAAAAUGCUGCUAACGCAGAAGCGGAUAGUUUUGCAUGUUUCGUUCGACUAUUGAGUGACUCGGUGGACCACUUCUGUGAACAACUUGACAAUAGUUCAGUGGGUAUACACUCUACACUUUCCCGCUUGUUAGGGUUAUUGAAAGCCAAUGAUGAAGAACUGUGGCGGCAUCUUGAGCUCACAAACAAGGUUAACCCGCAAUUCUAUGCAUUCAGGUGGAUUACACUGCUGCUUACACAGGAGUUUGAUCUCCACUCCAUCUUGAGAAUUUGGGAUUGUCUUUUAAGCAAUCCUUUUGGUGUUCAGGAAAUGCUUUUAAGGGUGUGUUGUGCCAUGCUGCUGUGUGUGAAAACCAACUUGUUAAGUGGUGACUUUGUGGAUAACUUGAAGCUUCUCCAACACUACCCCAAAAUCAACAUAGAGCACCUUCUACAGGUAGCCCAGGAUAUCAGUCCAGACACUUCUUCUUUUUGUUUGUCUCCUUAA